AUGUCCAGCAGAAUUCAAAGUCAAGUACGAUUCAAGAAGAAGCUAUCAACACAGAAGGGACAGCCAAUGGGAUUGGCUCGCAGAAUAUUUGGUCUUGCGCUGCGUGCAGGAGAAGAAAGUACAUCGUCCCGAAAGCCCCGUAAACGUCAUGCAGACGACAUUCUCGAGCGCCUGACACGGCUAGAAGAUGUUAUAGCUUCCGUGAAAUUUCCGAAGCAGGGUGGUAUCAAAGGAGGUGAUUUGCCGUCGUUUCUAAAAGAGAAUGACGAAUCUGAAUUAUUUCGCCGGUGGCGAAAGGUGUCAUACGGCUGCAGUUCGAGUUCAACCCCCUUGAGAGGGGAUAAACAUCAUGGGCAAGUGCUAUCAGGCGAUGAGUGCGUGAACCCAUGGCCAGAGUAUGGGGUCGGCAAAUUGGUGCCCAGUGAAGGGGGAAGUCGUUACAUCAACAACAAUUUCUGGAUAAGUAUAGACCAAGAGGUUGAGGAUCUCAAGAGCAGCUUGGUGGAGCUUUCUGACACCGAAGACGAUCCGGCUUUCCCCUCAGCACUGCAAGACCCAACGCUUGGUCAGAGUUUUGUAUUUGGCCAUCCUUCUAGCAACGCCGAAAUGGCGACACUGCAUCCCCCUUAUCAGUUAAUACCAUCCAUGUGGAGCCUGUUCAAAACGAACGUCGAUCCACUUGUGAAAGUACUUCAUAUCCCCACGAUGGAGCCAAAAAUAUCAGAAGCGCAGGACCACUUGGGUAGCCUAUCGAGAGGAACUGAAGUUUUGAUGUUCGCUAUUUAUUACAGUACGAAGUUCCCCGUCGCGUAA